UCAGUCAUCGUCAGUCAGCUCAUCCUGAAGCAUCUUUGUCCUGCUCUGUGGUGAAUUCUGCUGUGGAUUGCCAACAUCAAACUCAAUCAACCUUAACCCAAUCAAAGCAACAAUUAAAUUCAAUCUAACGAUGAACUUCUCCAAGGUCCUGUUCGUAGUCGUGGUUGCUGCUCUCUUGCUCAUCGGCCAAGCAGACGCUGGUUUUCUCAAAAAGCUGGGCAAAAAGAUCGAAGGAGCUGGCAAGCGCGUUUUUAACGCGGCCGAGAAGGCACUUCCAGUGGCGGUUAGUGUGAAGGCACUCGGCAAAUAAUCGUCACGCGCCAAACGAGGCGAGGGCGAUGUUGUCGCAACACUCAGUUUGAAAACCGACUUUUUGGGAAACGCUUUGCAAAGUAGCGAGAUGCAGAGAAAUCAAUAUUUUUGUCAGUUUCUCUCCGACUGAUCCAUACAUUUUACACUGUAUUUGGGAAAGGAUUGGCAUUAAUGAAAAAAUGAAAAUAAAAAAUUUUGUUUGAAAA